AUGGAUGUGCUCAGCCCCGGGCAGGGCAAUAACACCACGUCGUCCCAGGGUCCCUUCGGGACACGCGGCAACGCUACUGGCAUCUCCGACGUGACCUUCAGCUAUCAAGUAAUCACCUCGCUAGUGCUGGGCACGCUCAUCUUCUGCGCGGUGCUGGGCAAUGCGUGCGUAGUGGCGGCCAUCGCCCUGGAGCGCUCCCUGCAGAACGUGGCGAACUAUCUCAUAGGCUCGCUGGCCAUCACCGACCUCAUGGUGUCGGUGCUGGUCCUGCCAAUGGCCGCGUUGUACCAGGUGCUCAACAAGUGGACUCUGGGACAGGUCACCUGUGACCUGUUCAUCGCCCUCGACGUGCUGUGCUGCACCUCGUCCAUUCUGCACCUGUGCGCUAUCGCGCUGGAUAGAUACUGGGCCAUCACCGACCCCAUCGACUACGUGAACAAGAGGACGCCCCGGCGCGCCGCUGCGCUCAUCUCGCUCACCUGGCUCAUUGGCUUCCUCAUCUCCAUCCCGCCCAUGCUGGGCUGGCGCACCCCGGAAGACCGCUCGGACCCGGACGCGUGCACUAUCAGCAAGGACCACGGCUACACUAUUUACUCCACCUUCGGCGCUUUCUACAUCCCUCUGCUGCUCAUGCUGGUUCUCUACGGGCGCAUCUUUCGAGCCGCGCGAUUCCGCAUCCGCAAGACAGUUAAGAAGGUGGACAAGAAGGCAGCCAACCAUCGCCUAGCGGCGUCGCCGGCCCCGCAGCCCAGAAAAAGCGUGAGUGCUGAGUCGGAUAGCAGAGACUGGAGGCAGGGCACUGAGAACAAGGUAACAGGGGCUCCGUGCGCCAAUGGAGCCGUGAGGCAGGGCGAAGAAGGCGCCGCCCUGGAAGUGAUCGAAGUGCACCGGGUGGGCAACUCCAAAGAGCACCUUCCGCUGCCCAGCGAAGCCGGUGCUGUCUCCUACGUCCCCGCUUCCUUCGAGAAGAAAAAUGAGCGCAACGCCGAGGCCAAGCGCAAGAUGGCCCUGGCCCGCGAGAGGAAGACGGUGAAGACCCUGGGCAUCAUCAUGGGCACCUUCAUCCUCUGCUGGUUGCCCUUCUUCAUCGUGGCCCUAGUCCUGCCCUUCUGCGAAAGCAGCUGCCACAUGCCUACCCUGUUGGGGGCCAUAAUCAACUGGCUGGGCUACUCCAACUCUCUGCUUAACCCUGUCAUUUACGCCUACUUCAACAAGGACUUCCAAAACGCGUUUAAGAAGAUCAUCAGGUGCAAGUUCUGCCGCCGAUGA